UCCGAAGAAAAACUAAUAAUAAUAACUAAAAAAAAAGGAUUGAAGGACGAAAAUGGUGUAAUUGAAAAUAUAAAGAGAGUAAAAGUGUAGGUGGAUGAAAAUAGUAGAGAGAAUUAAAGGUCAACGCAAUAUAAUAAAGAAGAGAAGAAGUGGAUAAGGAUGAAUGAUGAAGGCAGCAGAUCCGUAGUGAUGGGAGGCAUUGAUGAUGAAUCGAAGAAUUUGGAAUUAGAAGAUGAAGAAGAUAGCUUCUCACAUGCUGUACAGCUGAGCAACUCUAUUGUUCUUUCAAUGGCACUUCAAUCAGCAACUGAACUCGGUGUAUUUGAUGUCUUGCGUAAAGCCGGUACUACUGCUCAACUCUCCGCCCAAGAUAUUGCUUCCCUUAUUUCAUGCAACAAUAAUAAUCCUGAACAAUCCCCUCAAAUGUUAGAUCGAAUUCUUUUUCUUCUUUCUUCCCACUCUCUCCUCAAAUGUUCUCUCCUUCAAGAUCAACAUAUUCUUGGAUCCUAUCACCGACUAUACACCAUCACUCCUGUUGCCAAAUUCUUUGCUUCUAAUUCCGAUGGCGUUUCAUUAGCUCCCUUGUUGGCAUUGCAUCAUCAUCAAAUCUUCUUAGAUAGCUGGUCUCAGCUUAAAGAUUCUAUUCGGGAAGGGGGUAUUCCUUUCAACAGGGUUCAUGGCACACACGCCUUUGAUUAUCCCAGCCUCGACUCCAGGUUCAAUCAUGUUUUCAAUACUGCCAUGAUCAAUUACACCACUAUUGUUAUGAACAAGCUCCUUCAAUGUUACAAAGGUUUUGAUGAGGUUAAAAGCCUUCUUGAUGUUGGUGGCGGUCUUGGGAUCACCAUUAACAUGAUCACCUCUAAAUACCCUCAUAUACAGGGUAUCAAUUUCGACUUACCUCGUGUUAUAGAACAUGCUCCUUCCUAUCCUGGAGUGGAACACGUUGGUGGAGAUAUGUUUGAAACUGUGCCUAAAGCAGAUGCCAUCUUUAUGAAGUGGAUACUUCAUGAUUGGAGUGAUGAGAAGUGCUUAAAGCUUUUGAAGAAUUGCUAUAAUGCUAUUCCUGAUGAUGGAAAGGUGAUUAUUUUGGAGACAGUUCUUUCUAUUAUACCUGAGAAUAAUGCUGCUUGGAAGUUUGCAUCACAAUCAGAUGUUCUGAUGAUGACUCAAAAUCCAGGAGGGAAAGAGCGAACUGAGCAAGAAUUUAUGGAUUUGGCAACUGGAGCUGGAUUUUGCGGUAUUAGAUAUGAAUGCUAUGUUCGUACUUUUUGGGUUAUGGAGUUCUUCAAGUAGAUAAUACAAUGUCCUCCUGGGUUUUGUUCGUUGCAAUUUUAUUUUAUUUUUUUCAUAACUUGCUCGCUGAGGAAUUGACAAAACAAUUGAAGUGUGUAUUACAUUUAUUAAUUAUUAUUAAUUUCAGUUUAUUUAUAAUUACCCCAAUCA